CCGGCGCGCGGCUGAUGAAACCCGGCGCCGGAGCCCGCCCGCUCUCCACGCUCCAUUCAGUCAGCGCGGGCAGGUGAACUGACGGGCGGGGCGCGAGGCCAGCCGGCGUCCGCUAACCGCAGCCCCAGCUCCCGCUCCCUGCGCGCUGCGCCUCCGUCCGAGCGGCCGUCCUCCCAGCGGCGCGUGCCGAGCCCCUCCGCGGACUAGCCGGCAUCCUGCCACCCGCCGCCCGCCCGCCGCCUCGGAGCAAGAAGCUCCCAUCUCAUCCCUCCUGAGACGUCUUUGCUCCAGAAACCAGGUGAUCCUCAGGUGACGAGGUGACGAGUUCUUACAUCCUAUUUCAGAAUUGAACAACACGAUGGGGUGCAAAGUUCUGCUUAACAUCGGGCAUCAGAUGCUGCGGAGGAAGGUGGUGGACUGCAGCCGGGAGGAGAGCCGGCUGUCCCGUUGCUUGAACACUUUCGACCUGGUGGCGCUGGGGGUGGGCAGCACGCUGGGUGCCGGUGUGUAUGUCCUGGCCGGAGCUGUGGCCCGUGAGGACGCGGGCCCCUCCAUUGUCAUCUCCUUCCUGAUCGCAGCGCUGGCCUCAGUGCUGGCCGGCCUCUGCUACGGCGAGUUUGGUGCUCGAGUCCCCAAGACAGGUUCGGCCUACCUCUACAGCUACGUCACCGUCGGGGAGCUCUGGGCCUUCAUCACUGGUUGGAACUUAAUCCUCUCCUACAUCAUCGGUACUUCAAGUGUAGCGAGAGCCUGGAGUGCAACGUUUGACGAGCUGAUUGGCAAACCCAUCGGGGAGUUCUCACGGACGCACAUGGCUCUGAACGCCCCUGGAGUGCUGGCCGAAAACCCAGACAUAUUUGCUGUGAUCAUCAUUCUCAUCUUAACAGGACUUUUAACUCUCGGUGUGAAAGAGUCGGCCAUGGUCAACAAAAUAUUCACUUGUGUCAAUGUUCUGGUCUUGGGCUUCAUAAUGGUGUCAGGAUUUGUGAAAGGAUCGAUUAAAAACUGGCAGCUCACAGAGGAGGAUUUCCAGAACACAUCCAGUCAUCGCUGCUUGAGCAAUGACACAAAACAAGGGACACUUGGUGCUGGUGGAUUCAUGCCCUUUGGAUUCUCUGGUGUCCUGUCUGGGGCAGCGACGUGCUUCUAUGCCUUUGUGGGCUUUGACUGCAUCGCCACGACAGGUGAAGAGGUCAAGAACCCUCAGAAGGCGAUCCCCGUGGGGAUUGUCGCGUCCCUCCUAAUUUGCUUCAUCGCUUACUUCGGGGUGUCGGCUGCCCUCACGCUCAUGAUGCCAUACUUCUGCCUGGACAAGGACAGUCCCCUGCCCGAUGCCUUCAAGUAUGUGGGCUGGGAAGGUGCUAAGUACGCGGUGGCCGUCGGCUCCCUCUGCGCUCUUUCCACCAGUCUUUUAGGUUCCAUGUUUCCCAUGCCUCGAGUCAUCUAUGCCAUGGCUGAAGAUGGACUGCUAUUUAAAUUUUUGGCCAAAAUCAACGAUAGGACCAAAACACCAAUAAUUGCCACGUUGACCUCAGGUGCCAUUGCUGCUAUGAUGGCCUUUCUCUUUGACCUGAAGGACUUGGUGGACCUCAUGUCGAUUGGCACUCUCCUGGCUUACUCUUUGGUGGCUGCCUGUGUGUUGGUCUUACGGUAUCAGCCAGAGCAACCUAAUAUGGUAUACCAGAUGGCCAGAACUACCGACGAGCUCGAUCAAGUGGACCAGAAUGAAUUGGUGAGCACCAGUGAUUCCCAGACAGGCUUUUUACCAGAAGCAGAACGGUUUUCUUUGAAAACCAUACUCUCACCCAAAAAUAUGGAGCCUUCCAAAUUCUCCGGGCUAAUUGUGAACAUUUCAACCAGCCUCAUAGCAAUUCUUAUCCUCACCAUCUGCAUUGUUGCCGUGCUCGGAAAGGAGGCUCUGACAAAAGCGGAGUUGUGGGCCAUCUUUGUGCUUGCUGGAUCUGUCCUCCUCUGCUCCCUGGUUACCAUCAUCAUCUGGAGGCAGCCUGAGAGCAAGACCAAGCUUUCAUUUAAGGUGCCCUUCCUGCCGCUACUUCCCGUCCUGAGCAUCUUUGUGAACGUCUAUCUCAUGAUGCAGCUGGACCAAGGCACAUGGGUCCGGUUUGCAGUGUGGAUGCUGAUAGGCUUCAUCAUCUAUUUUGGUUAUGGUUUGUGGCACAGCGAGGAGGCGUCCCUGGCCGCCGACCAAGCAAGGACUCCUGAUGGCAAUUUGGACCAUUGCAAGUGACACGCAGCCCCUCCCUCAGAGGUGACCGCAACCCCGAGGGAUGCCCGCAGAGGUCCUGGGAGCACCUCACUCUGUCCACCAGUGCGUCAGGACCCACCCACAUCUACACAGCCCCAAUGCAGCAGACGCUGCAGCUACCUGAAACGCAGCCUUAGCCCGCAGCCCGUGUGUCCUGCUUAGACUCGCUCCGCAGCAGGUGCACGAGGGCCCGUCACCUCGGACAGCUCCCCAGCAGGGGCCGCUUGGCCACAGCUAGCCACCGCGGCUCCUAACAUCCUCCUGAACACAGAAAGCGGCCCCCGUCCUCUCCAGCUCCGUGUGCAUGCUGCUGUGUGCUCAGGCAGAAUGGAGGUCACGGUUUCUUGUCACCUUGGGAAUCCAGGCCUCCCUCCCUGGGGACCAUUCUAGUAUUAAACAUGUGCGCACUCCAGACUCUCCAUAGCCAUCUCCCCACACGGCCCCCAAGGCCGGCCGCAGAGGCAAGGUGAGUACUCCAAAACACACGUCCCCAGCAGUCUUGCCCCUGGAGCCGAAGGACAGCAGUUUACUUUAAAAAGGAAAAGCAAGACUGGUUUCCUUCUCCCACUCCUGUUCCCUGCGUUGCUUCCAGAAGAGGUCAGGAGGACUGUGAGCUCUCCCCUCCUUCCCCUUCCAGGCAGGGGUUCACUGCUUCACCGGACAGCCCCGCACACUCCAGCGGUGCUGAGGGCAGGCGUUUCCAUCACUGACAAGGAGGAAGGGAGCGCCGCUGUGGGGACGAGGCAGCAGGACCAAGGCAGGGCCGCCUCUACUCCUGGUGCCCAAGUGUGGGGACCUCCCCAGCCACACUCUGUCUCUCUCCAGGCCCCAGGCCGGUUCUG